CACCUUCUAGACUGUCCCUCUUAAAUGUCUAUUCUGCAUCGUUUCUAAAUAAUUAUAGACAAAAUGUUCCUAACCCCCUCCCCCAACCCUACUCAUAUAGGCGCUGAUAGUAUCAUAGUUUUUUGGCCACAGAGUUUUUAACAGAUACCACACAUAAAAUAUUAUAAACAUUGGUCACAGGAUGAAUAAUCGAGACAUUCACAUUAAUCGUUUAGCUACUCAUAAUACAAAUAUUUUUAGAAGAUUUUUAUUCUUUAAUCAUUCCAAUCAAACAUGGAAUAAUAAUUCAAAUAAUAAUGGAACCCGACGAGGCAAUAGUAGAUUUUUCAGAUUUGCUUCUUUCAAAAAUUAUGCUUUACUUAGCAUAACAUUUUAUCUUAUAUUGUUUUCACAUCGCUAUCACAAAAACAAUUAUCAAUAUGCUCUUUAUAGUGCACACACGCCCAAAAGUCUAGAUUAUAAUGAUUUAUUUCCAUUUAUUCUUGGUGAAAAACAUUUUAUCAAUUUUUUUACCAAUGGUGAACAUGUAGAUGAAAUUUUUCACAUGGAACCUUAUAAUCAAAAAUCAGAUAUUCUAUCAAACCAGAAAAAUAUUCAUAAAGAACCAUUACUAAGUGACACCUAUAAAGGAAACAAAAAUUCCUUUUAUGAUUUUAAUUUUUUCAAAUUUCCAUCAAUAAUUAAAAUCUCUAGUUAUAAAAAUAAGGAUAUCAAAAAUGAAAAUAAUAUAAAUGUUAACAAUGAGUUAUCUAAUCAUACAUCAAGUGAAACUCCUGAGGUCACCACGGAAGAGGAUGAAAAUGACAUAAAUAACCAAAAGUCUAUAUGGAGAAUUAUUGCUGAUGCCAUUAUAUUCCAAUAUUCUAAAAGAAAGGCAUGGUCUUUAAGAAACAUUCAUAUAUUAUCUAAAAAAAUUGUUGACUCCUCAAAUACUGCAUUAAAUAGUGUAAAUAUAAUCACUUAUGAUGCAAAUAAAGUAACAGAUGAUGAAGCAAGUCCAUUGAACAAGGAUACAUUUAUAUAUAAAAUGACUAAAAGAUUGAUCACAUUUGUAUUUAGAAGUUGGGACAAAUUUUUUGCUCCACCGGAUAAAUAUAAAUACAAAUUCUCUGCAUUUUGGGAAUCAAUGGAGUUACCAUUUUAUUUUGGUAUGGUAGAUAAAUUAGUAUUUAUGGUGGUUAGAAUCAUUCGAACAGAUUAUUGGAUUUCUAUAAACACGGCCUAUUGUUGCUUGAUACUGUUUGCCAAAAUAAUCCACAAAGCCAUAUUCGGGAGUUUACGGAGCGCCGAACAAAUACUAUUGAAGGACAAAAUAUGCAAUUUCGUGUUCAAUAAAAUGAUCUUCAUGUUCGGGCUUCUCAACGUAGACAAUUUGGGCGAUUUUACCCUUUGGACAACAUGGUUUAGCGUUACUUGCUUUCUACAUUCCACGGCUCUGCUACUCAAGACCAGAUUAGAUUAUUUAUCGCUGAGUCCGAAGAUAAACAAGCUGACAAAGUUUAAGCUAGGAAUUUUACUUUGCGCCCUAAUCAUUUGGGCGAAUGCCAUCACGCUAGCGGUCAUAUUGGCGUACGUUCAAUUUCAAUUACUCGCCGCUCCCGUAUAUCUGUUUUUACUCUACGAGUGCAUGAUGCUACAACUCAAUACCUACCAUAUCCUUUACAACGUGUUGGUCAACGUUUAUGACACCUAUCACACCGGAUGUUGGGAGAGCAAAAACCAAAUGAGUUAUUACGGAGAUUUGAUAUUCGGUGUUUCCAUACUCGUUAUCGAUUUAUUCUAUCACGUUCAUAUGCUGCUAUGGGGUAGUAUAAUACUGAGUAUGGCUAGCCUAUUCAUUUGCAUGGAACUAAGGUGGCUUUUCGGCGAACUUAAAAGCAAGCUUAUCAAGCAUCAAAACUAUUUGAGAAUCAUCAAACAAAUGGAUAAAAAAUAUCCAAUGGCCAGCAGCGAAGAAAUUGAGAAAUUUAGCAAUAAUUGUUCUAUCUGCUGGGAUCCUAUGAGGAGAGCAAGGAAGCUACCUUGCGAUCAUUUGUUUCACGAUUCUUGCCUUAGAUCUUGGCUAGAGCACGAUUCCUCAUGCCCAAUCUGCAGAAGAUCUCUUAAUACUCCACCUCAACUUACUAAUAAUAGAAAUAUCACUGAAACGCAUAACGCUAAUUUAAGUACGCAAAACACUAACUCACUCAUAAAUACUGAUAAUGCGAAUAAUAUUAUUUCGGAUAUCAACCCCAGCAAUUCUUUAUUAGAGAAUUCUCUUAUUUCCAGUGUUAACAAUGCAACUGCCCCAUCUUCCGCUUUUAAUAACGCCACAAAUCACACGGAAGGUAUAAUAAAUAAUUUGACUAGAAUAAGAGACCAAAAUAACGAUAAUCUUUUGACUAGAACCUUGGAAAGGUUGAACGCUUGGAACCAGCGAAUGAUUUUUAUGCUCUUAGAUUUUCUUUUUAACGCUUCCGCCGCCUUAACUUUGGAAACCAACGAAAAUUCUAACGCUACUAUUGGGUUGCCAUCCCCUAAUAAUAAUAUAAAUGGUCUUAACGUAAAUAUCAUCUCUCCAAAUUCGAAUAAUCCCAAUCCAACUACAAAUUCUACGAAUACCGGAAUUUCGACAAAUGAAAUUGGAGGAGCUAAUAACGUUACGAAUGGAAAUAACGCGGGAGCAAGAGUUAAUAGGGUCAAUCGGUUUUUCCAUUUCGAUGCCUCACGGUACAUCAGUUGGCUUCCAACUUUUUCUCUCCAAAUCUCCCAUUUAAGGAUUCAUCAAACAGUUUCUACAAAUACCCCUCACGACGCGAAUAUGGCAACCACAAUCAACUCAUUUUUAUUAGACGAUAUGGUUAGACAAGUUACCCAUAUAUUUCCCCACAUCCCGGGUCACGUCAUUAGAUCCGAUCUCACACUAACCUGGUCAGUCGAUAGGACAGUCGAAAACAUCCUCGAGGGAGACCUCGGCAACCCUUACUUGCUUCUCGACGAAAAUUUAGACGAUACAUACAUAUCCCAAAAUCGGGAGGCCAAUUUUCCAUCCACUGACGAUACAUUUAGCACUAAUAACUCUCUUAAUAACAACUCGAAUUUCGGGAACUCAUCUAACGUAAAUCAAAGUACUAAUAGUUAUUCCAGUACUUCGAACGACAGUGAAAGCGGAGAAGAGACUGACGAGGCUCCCAUAAAUUCAUUAAUUAAUGAAAAUUUCAAUAUAAAUAAUAAUAGGGGUGAAAGGCGGAGUGGGAUGGAGCACUAUUUUGAAAGAUACUCUUCGCGGGGAAUUAAUAGUAAUAGUGAUAGUACAAGUGCACAACAAAUUUAUGACUUGAUGGACGAAUGUGAAUUCGAGCUCGAUGAAGAAUGCAAAGAGAGCUAUCCUUUUGUAUCAUACAAUGGAAAUUUUGUCGACAAUUCGAAAGAACGAGAAAGUAUGCUGGAAAAACGCAAAAAAACUAUGUUGAAACAAGCCCAAAGGCGAUAUUUGUAUGAAUCCAACCGUUGCGACGAAAACAUUGACAACUCUAAAAGAUCUUACUAAUAAAUGAUAGCUCGACAUAUUGAUUGAAAUUAAAAAAAUUUCCUAAUAAAUAAAUCGAACAUAUAAUCAACAAAAACAUCUUCAAGUAAAAUGACAAUUGAUACAAAAACAUCUUCAAGUAAAAUCACAAUUGAUAAAAUGUAGUUUUAUAUUUAGAAAAUAUUUUUCCCCUCUAGGAGACUAAAAAAAAAUUAAUUAGGUUCACUCGUUAUUUUUUAAAAAAAUUAUAUUUAUAUUCGUGCGUAACUUUUAAUCCCUAGAUGCAAUGUUUUAUCGUCUUUUAAUAAAUUUAUAAUUUCAUCAACCUCAUGUUUAGUGCCAAAAAAGAUUAGAUAAGCCGAAUUCCAUUAGAUUUAUAAUAUAUAGUAUUAUAUUAUAUAAAUUGCCUAAUUGAAUCUCCGCUACUAAAAAAAUAUAUAUACUAACAUAAUUUUAUAAAUAUUUCUUUUUAUCUAACUCCCCCAAGAUUAAUAUCUUCUUUGAAACAUUCUCUAAUAGUAAAAUGAAUAUCAUGCUAAAACAAACAUACAAAAAAACCCAUAAUGAUGUUUCAAAUCGAUGCUUAAUUAUUUGUUUUUUAUUUCCUGGUAAUUUAAAAGGUGAAAAUUAAUAACUCAUAUCGCAAUAUAUUUAAACAAAUAUAAUUUUUUUUAAAAGAAAUCUUACCAUGUUAAAAUGAUUCGUUAUUUAUUUUUAUUGUAAAAAAAUACACCACCUUUAACAAGAUUAAUGUCAUCAUUUUUAGUUAAAGGACAUUUCGGUUAAAA